GUCUGAUGACAGACGUCGACACUAAGAAAAACAAUUUUUUCGGCCAUUUUUACAUCAAGCUUGUGUUUUCAUUGUUCUUUUCACGUUUAUCCAUCAAAAUGAAGAUCGGACUUUGUGCGUACAGUGGAUAUAAAAUUUAUCCAGGCCAUGGAAAAACCAUGGUUAAAGUUGAUGGAAAGUCCUUCACUUUCCUCAACUCAAAAUGUGAAUCCGCACAUCUCAUGAAGAGGAAUCCAAGAAAAGUGACGUGGACCGUCUUGUACAGGCGUAAGCACAAGAAGGGUCAGGAGGAAGAGCAAACGAAAAAGAGGACCCGUCGCACGCAAAAAUUCCAGAGAGCCAUUGUUGGCGCUUCAUUGACCGAUAUUUUGGCUAAACGGAAUAUGAAACCAGAAAUCCGAAAAGCACAAAGAGAUCAAGCUAUUAAGGCCGCAAAGGAACAGAAGAAGGCAACGAAAGUCGCGAAGAAGGCCACAGCUCCUGCUAAGCCAAAGGCCGCCCCGAAACAAAAGGCCGCGAAAGUACAGCAAAAGAGUGCCCCACGUGUUGGAGGUAAACGAUAAGCAUUUUUUUUGUAGGGGAAAAUAAAAAAUAAGUGUCCAUCACUUAA